AUGGCGGACCUGAUCACUUUGGCGACGUGUUCUCUCAAUCAGUGGGUGUUGGAUUGGGAGGGUAACUUGAAGAGAAUUCGAAAGAGUAUCAUUCUCGCCAAGGAAGCUGGAGCUACGCUUAGAACGGGUCCUGAGCUCGAGAUUACAGGCUAUGGUUGUCUUGACCAUUUCCUUGAGGCUGAUGUUUACGAGCAUUCCUUGGAGUCACUCCUCGCAAUCUUGACUGACACCGAACUCCAUGGCAUUCUCAUCGACGUUGGUCUUCCUCUCAUGCACAGAGGCUGUCGAUACAACUGCCGUGCUAUUAUCUUGGAUGGAAAACUGCUCUGCCUUCGCCCCAAAAUCUAUCUUGCCAACGAUGGAAACUUCAGGGAGAACCGAUUCUUCACCCCUUGGAACAGGCCGAGAUAUGUUGAGAAGUUCAAUCUUCCUCCUGCUCUUCAGAAACACCAGGGCGUUCGACAAGUUCCCAUUGGUGAUGUUGUUCUGUCCCUCAAUGAUACAACUGUCGCCGCCGAGACAUGCGAGGAGCUCUUUACCCCCCAGGCCCCUCACAUUAACAUGGCUCUGAACGGCGUGGAAAUCUUCACCAACUCCUCCGGCUCUCAUCACACACUAAGAAAGCUUGAUGAGCGUAUUGCUCUCAUUUCUGAAGCGACUCGCAAGAGUGGUGGUGUGUACCUUUAUGCAAAUCAGUCUGGCUCUGAUGGAGACAGGCUUCUCUAUGAUGGUGCAUCUCUCAUCAUGGUCAAUGGCUCGAUCGUGGCUCAAGGCUCCCAGUUCAACUUGGACGAUGUCGAAGUUGUUACCGCGACCGUUGAUCUCGAGGAAGUCCGCGCUUAUAGAUUCGCACCAUCUCGCAACUUUCAGGCUGUGCAAGCACCUGUGUAUGAGAGAAUCGAGGUUGAUUUCAGCCUGGGCCAUGAGGACCUUGACCUCCUUCGUGCCCCUACAGCUCCUCAACCAGCCCGUUAUCAUGUCCCCGAGGAAGAAAUUGCUCUUGGCCCAGCGUGUUGGCUUUGGGAUUACCUCCGAAGAAGCAGGGCAUCUGGUUAUUUGGUCCCCCUCUCAGGAGGUAUCGACUCCUGCGCAACCGCUACCAUUGUAUUCAGCAUGUGCAGACUCGUCGUUGAGGCCAUCAAGGCUGGUAACGAGGAGGUCAUCGAAGACGUCAAGAGAAUUGCUGUGUUCUCGGAUAAGCUCCCCGAAACCCCCGAGGAGUUCUGCAACCAGAUCUUCCACACGGUGUACAUGGGUAUGGAGAAGCAGAGCAGUAAGGAGACUCGACAGCGUGCCAAGGACCUUGCCGAGCGUAUCGGUAGUUACCACACUGACAUGAACAUUGACGAUACCUUCCACGCUACUAAGAACUUGCUCACUCAAGGCACGGGAUUCGAGCCUAAAUUCAAGGUUCAUGGUGGAUCAGCGACUGAAAACUUGGCCCUUCAGAAUAUCCAGGCACGCAGCCGCAUGGUCAUCGCCUAUUACUACGCUCAGAUGCUACCAACAGUUCGUCAGCGACCAGGAGGAGGAAGCUUGCUUGUUCUAGGAUCCAGCAAUGUUGAUGAAUGUCUCCGAGGAUACCUCACCAAGUACGAUUGUUCUUCCGCCGAUCUCAACCCUAUAGGUGCUAUUAGCAAAAGGGAUCUCAAGAGUUUUAUUUCAUGGGCAGCCAAGAACUUCGACAUGCCGAUUUUGGAAGAGUUCAUUCAUGCUACACCCACGGCUGAGCUAGAGCCUAUCACUGAAAAUUAUGUUCAGUCAGACGAAGUUGAUAUGGGCAUGACCUAUGACGAACUAGCUCGUUUUGGACGACUACGUAAAGAGAGCAAGUUAGGGCCCUACGGCAUGUUCCUACGACUUGUCGAAGAAUGGGGUGGAGAGGGCAAACUGACUCCACGAGAAAUCGCCACCAAGGUGAAGCGUUUCUAUCACUUCCAUUAUAUCAACCGGGAAAAUUACUCGCCCGACGACCACAGAUUUGACCUUCGUCCUUUGUUCUACCCACCUGCAUUCCAAGGCUGGUCCUUCCAGAAGAUUGAUAAGCGGGUUGAGGCUCUGGAAAAGGUUCUGGAGAAGAAGAAGGCUGCAAGUGCCUCCACAUAG